ACUGCCCCGUCCCCCACCCCACCCCCCUCACCACCACCUCCACCUCCACCCCCUCUCUCGUUUAUUUCAACUUCCCCUGUGGACUUAUAUUAUUAUUAUUAUUAUUAUUUUGGAAGAAUUUCACAUGUUUUGGAGUGAGCCUGCGUGAGGUGGGGGCUUCAUGGAGCACCGUGGCUCCCGGAGGAGCUCCGGGCGCGCUGCCGACCCGCAGUGACCGAUGGACGGACGCUGCUCCCCGGUGGUCCCGGUCAUGAUAGAGCCCCCGGAGCCAGACCUGCACGAUGGGGGACCCUCGCCGAAGGACCGCGACCGGGACCAGGAGGCCGGGGACAGGGUGCACGUGUCGGUGGAGGACCAGCGCAGGAGUGACGAAGAGGAAGAGGAAGAGGAAGAGGAAGUGGCCAAAGUUGAAGAAGAGGAUCUGCCGUACCCCUCGCUCGCCCCCGUGGUUCUGUUGGUGCUGAGCCAAACCAGUCCGCCCAGGUCCUGGUGCCUACGAGCCGUAUGCCACCCCUGGUUUGAAUGGGUCAGCAUCUUGGCCAUCCUGCUCAACUGCGUGACUCUGGGGAUGUUCCAGCCCUGUGAUGACACACACUUCCUGUUGCAGGCGCUGGACGACGGCAUCUUUGUGUUUUUCGCCGGGGAGAUGCUGGUCAAGAUGGUGGCUCUGGGGAUCAUCGGUCAUAACGGUUACCUAGGAGACACGUGGAACCGACUGGACUUCUUCAUUGUCAUCGUGGGGAUGUUGGAGUACUCGCUGGAUGGACACAAUGUUAGCCUGUCGGCAAUUCGCACUGUGCGUGUCCUUCGCCCACUCAGGGCCAUCAACAGGGUUCCCAGUAUGCGCAUCCUGGUAACGCUCCUGCUGGACACGCUUCCCAUGCUAGGCAACGUGUUGGCGCUGUGCUUCUUCGUCUUCUUCAUCUUCGGCAUCGUGGGCGUGCAGCUUUGGGCGGGGCUCCUGAGGAACCGCUGCUUCAUGGGGGAGGAUGUCAAGACGAGGUACAACAUCUCUUUCCUGAGCAUUUACUACCGCCCGGGGGGCACGGAGGACCACCCGUUCAUCUGCUCGGCAGAACGGGACAACGGCAUGCUGCGCUGUUCCGACGUGCCCCGCCGCCGCGUGGCCGGGACGUCCUGCUUCCUGGGGGCAGAGGACGCCCGUCCCGCAAGGGAUGGAGUGCCAUGCGUCAACUGGUACCAGUACUACAAUGAGUGUCGCGCCGGCGAGAUGAACCCACACAAGGGAGCCAUCAACUUUGAUAACAUUGGAUAUGCAUGGAUUGCCAUUUUUCAGGUGAUUACCCUGGAAGGCUGGGUGGACAUCAUGUAUUACGUGAUGGAUGCCCACUCUUUCUACAACUUCAUCUACUUCAUCUUCCUCAUUAUAGUGGGCUCCUUUUUCAUGAUCAACCUGUGCCUGGUGGUCAUAGCCACCCAGUUCUCAGAGACCAAGCAACGAGAGCACGCUCUGAUGAAGUCGGAGCAGCGCGCCCGCCAACUCCACCAGUCGGCGUCCACUCUGGCCAGCGACAGCCAACCGGGAAGCUGCUACGAGGAGAUCAUCCGCUACCUGGCGCACUUGGGCCGCAAAGCGUUCCGGCGUCUGUCCCGACGAGUCGCCCGGGGCGCCGCCGGCCUCCGCUGCGCCUGCGCGAUACGCCGCCGGGAUCGAGGCGUCGCGGAGGUGAACGGGCUGGCGCACCGGCAUUCAGGUCACGUCGCCGGGGACCUGUCGCACCUUCGCCAGAUGUAUCAUCAGCGACAUCCGACGCCGCCGGUACCGGAGCGUCGCCUCAGUAACGGAGGCUUUAAUUAUCCAGUCAUAUCGCCACUCCUCACUCACCUGGAUGCAAAGAGAUUGGUCACCAUGGAGACCGUCAACAGGCUGCCACAGCUCGUGCGGGAACACGGCGGUCGCACAGCUCAGCCUGCGUUACCGUUGCCGGGCGAGGUCCCCGUCGAGUCGGCACCCUGUCCGUACUGCAGCUACUACAACCGACUGUGCGACCCCCAAAACGAGGCCGCUGAUGAACAUCAUCAUCAGCGAGGCCCCGCGAGCAGCCCCCCGUUGCCGCCGCAGCCGCGUUGCAAGAGCCCGGAACCCUGCGGUGGGCCCGGCCUCCGCCCGGGCGAGGGGCGUGCGUGGCCCCUGUGGCGGGCGUGCAUUCGAUGCUGGGCUGAACUCAGGAGCAAGCUGGAGCUCAUUGUGGGCAGCAGAUAUUUCAACAGAGGCAUCAUGAUUGCUAUUCUCAUCAACACGCUGUCCAUGGGAAUAGAGUAUCAUGAGCAGCCACAGGAGCUGACGGACGUUUUGGAGAUCAGCAACAUGGUGUUCACGAGUCUCUUCAGCCUGGAGAUGCUGUUGAAAGUCCUCGCCCUUGGCCUCUUCGGCUACAUCAAGAACCCUUACAACGGCUUCGACAGCGUCAUCGUCAUCAUCAGCGUGUGGGAGAUUGCGGGCGAGGCGGAGGGAGGUUUGUCCGUGCUGCGUACCUUCCGUCUGCUGAGGGUUCUGAAGCUGGUGCGCUUCCUGCCAGCCCUGAGGAGGCAGCUGGUGGUGCUCAUGAAGACCAUGGACAACGUGGCCACCUUCUGCAUGUUGCUCAUGCUCUUUAUUUUCAUCUUCAGUAUUUUGGGGAUGCAUUUGUUUGGAUGUAAAUUUGGUUUGCGACAAGACAGCGGAGACACGCUACCCGACAGAAAGAACUUUGACUCACUGCUUUGGGCCAUAGUCACUGUCUUCCAGAUCCUGACUCAGGAGGACUGGAACGCCGUCCUGUACAACGGCAUGGCGUCCACCACGCCGCUCGCUGCCCUCUACUUUGUUGCCCUCAUGACCUUCGGCAACUACGUGCUCUUCAACUUGCUGGUGGCCAUUUUGGUUGAGGGCUUCCAGGCAGAAGGCGACGCCAGCCGAUCGGAGUCGGACGACGAGGGCCAUUCGCUGUCUUACGACGAAGAGGAGAAGCUGAGGGAGCUGUACGCAGCAGAGCUGAAGAUCCAGGCCAUGAUCAACAGCCCCAACGGCCUCCUGAACCCCAGGGCCUCCAGACCACCGCCCCUUUCCCUGCCAGUCAUCACGCACACUGCGGCCACGCCCACCAUGAUCUACGGUCAAUCGCGGCGUGCUAGUGCCGCCUCUGUGGUAGACAGCCUUGAGCAGCAGAGGGCGCCGCCUCCGUGGGACAGUGUCCUCGAGAGCCGCCGCUCCAGCUGGGCCAGCAUUCACCGGAGGAGCCAAUCGGGGGAGAUGGAGUCGCUGCUGUCUGACGCCGGCAGCCGAGAGGCGUCCGUGGACACGCCCGACUACCUGCAGGUGCCCGACUGCAACGGCGCCGCUGCCUUCCACCUGCCCGACGACACGCUCCAGACGUCGCUUUACCGCACGCACCAGGAGGAUGAGGAUGUGGAAGAGACUUUGUACCAGAAACUGAGAAAACUGGUAGAACCCUACGAGCCUCAGUGGUGCGUGGAGCACGGGGAUUGGUCGCUCUACGUUUUCUCUCCACGCAACCGUUGCAGGCUGUGGUGCCAGAAGACGAUCGGACACAAGUUGUUCGAUCACAUCAUCUUGCUCUUCAUCUUCCUUAACUGCAUCACCAUCGCGCUGGAGAGGCCCGACAUUCAGCCACACAGCAUGGAGCGAGUGUUCCUGAGCGUAUCCAAUUACAUCUUCACUUUGAUCUUCGUUGGCGAAAUGGCGAUCAAGGUGGUGGCGAUGGGCAUGUACUUUGGCAAGGGUGUGUAUCUGCAGAGUAGCUGGAACGUCCUGGACGGGGUCCUGGUUUUUGUAUCCUUGGUGGACAUCCUGGUGUCUGUGGUGUCGGCGGGUGGGAAUCGAAUCCUGGGCAUCCUGCGCGUACUGCGGCUGCUGCGUACCUUGCGACCGCUCAGGGUAAUCAGUCGGGCUCCGGGUCUGAAACUGGUGGUGGAGACGCUCAUCACCUCACUCAGACCUAUCGGGAACAUCGUCCUCAUCUGCUGUGCUUUUUUCAUCGUGUUUGGGAUUCUGGGGGUUCAGUUAUUCAAAGGCAAGUUCUUCCACUGUGACGGCUACAACGUGACCAACAUCGCCAACAAAACUCAGUGCUUAGAUGCGGGACACCGUUGGCUACGCAGGAAGUACAACUUUGACAACCUGGGACAGGCCCUGAUGUCUCUGUUUGUGCUGUCAUGUAAAGACGGCUGGGUCAGCAUCAUGUACGACGGCCUCGACGCUGUCGCUGUGGACCAGCAGCCGAUCCGCAACAACAACCCGUGGAUGCUGCUCUUCUUCAUCUCCUUCCUGCUCAUCGUCAGCUUCUUCGUGCUCAACAUGUUUGUGGGCGUGGUGGUGGAGAACUUCCAUAAGUGUCGACAGCAGCAGGAGGAGGAGGAGGCCAGACUCCGCGAGGAGAAGCGACGGAGGCGUCUGGAGAAGCGGAGGCGCAAGGCCCUGGAGAAGCCGUACUACGCCGACUACUCUCCGCUGCGUCGCUCCAUCCAUAGCGUGUGCACCAGCCACUACCUGGACCUCUUCAUCACCAUUAUCAUCUUGACCAACCUGCUUACCAUGAGCAUGGAGCACUACAACCAGCCCCAGUACCUGGUGGAGAUCCUCAAGUACUGCAACUACAUCUUCACAGUGGUCUUCGUCAUCGAGGCCAUCCUCAAGCUCAUCGCGUUUGGCCUCCGUCGCUUUUUCAAAGAAAGAUGGAACCAGUUGGACCUGGCCAUCGUGCUGCUGUCCAUCAUGGGAAUCACGCUGGAAGAAAUCGACCUGAACGCCUCGCUGCCCAUUAACCCCACCAUCAUCCGCAUCAUGAGGGUGUUGAGGAUCACGCGAGUUCUGAAGCUGUUGAAGAUGGCCACGGGAAUGCGAGCCCUGCUGGACACGGUCAUGCAAGCGCUGCCUCAGGUGGGGAAUCUGGGUCUGCUCUUCAUGUUGCUGUUCUUCAUCUAUGCAGCUCUGGGAGUUGAGCUCUUUGGAAAACUGGAGUGUUCCGAGGAGAACCCGUGCGAGGGCCUCAGCCGUCACGCCACCUUCGACAACUUCGGUAUGGCCUUCCUCACGCUCUUUCGAGUGUCCACCGGGGACAACUGGAAUGGGAUCAUGAAGGACACGCUGCGCGACUGCCGCCCAGAGGACCGUCACUGCCUCACCUACCUGCCGUUGAUCUCGCCCGUCUACUUCGUCACGUUCGUGCUCACGGCGCAGUUCGUGCUGGUCAACGUGGUGGUGGCCGUCCUCAUGAAGCACCUGGAGGAGAGCAACAAGGAGGCGCAGCUGGAGGAGAUGGAGGAGAGGCGGGAGCGCGAGGAGGCCGCCCGCAGGAACAGCGCCGCAUCGGGGGGCGGGGACCCCGCCGCCCACAACGGUGACGCGCCCACGCAGGUGCAGGUAGAGGAUGAGGAGCGUUGCCACUGCAAUCUGCUGACCAUCGGCCGCAUGCUGUCCCUGCCCAUCGACAGCUACAGCCAGCAGCCGCACAGAUGCCCGCCGUACCCGCCGGUUGGCGUCGAGGCCUACUCUGCCUACAGCUACUCAGGCUCCAUGUCGUCGCUGGGCUCCAGCGGGGGCGGCUCCCUGCUGCAGGUCCCGGGCGCCCUCCCCGCCAUCAGCCACGCCUCGCUGGGCUACGGACGCAGCAGCCGCCCCACGAUCCGCCUCAGUAGCUCCCAGAGCAUCGACAGGGGCUCGCCCCACCAUGGCGGCCCGUCAAACCGACACCGACUGGACUCGGCUCACAGCGUGGACGGAUGCCGGUUCAGCCCCGCCCGGGUCGCCGACCGACGCCGACUGAGCUCCGCACACAGCGUCGAUGGAUACGGGGUCGGUGCAGAGAGCUCCGAGAUGGUGUCGAGCUGUAGUAGAGACCGACAUCCCUCACUCAGGCUGAGUCCUCUGCACGGGGCUUUAAGGGGGCCCUCUCAUUGGUUAAGCCCUGAGGGGAGUCUGGAUCGCAACAAGCUGAGCCCCUCGUACGUCCCCGAGAGUUCGGUCCUCAAGAGGCCGGCGUCCUUCCGUGCUGCUGGUAGACAGCUGCGCAGACAAGAGGCCGUGCGUUGCGAUUCUCUGGAUCAGAGCGGCUCGGCUGACAACAUGUCGGACGGCCGCCUCGCCGUAUCUGCCACCGCCCCUUCUUCUUCUACGCCACCCCGCCAGCGCUCAUCCAGCGUCCACACCUUGAAGUACACUCAACCGCAGAGGGUCAUCUCAUGCCGGAGUCGCGGUGACACGGCGAGAUCCGAACCCGGGCCCGAGUCGGACCUAGCGGAAAAAGACUCAGUAGGGUUGGAGCCCCGGGAGGCGGACGACGCGGACGAGGAAGUGCGCCGCAUCAACACGCACUCGCACAGACAUCUCACGCCCAAUCCUGACGAGACCCGCGGCCGCCUCAGCCAAUCGGUGUCGCCGGUGUCGGGCCGGAUUAGGAAGGAGCGAGUGAGUCCACCCCCGGGGGAGGAGCCGGUUACCAUGGCGACGCAUUUGAUGGACAGCAGCGUGGACCUCAGGAGGCGGACGCUGUCGUUCGACGCCACCACUCUGUCGACCAAUCAGCCUGAGUCCGGCUCUGUGGACGACUGACAUUCUUUGUCAUGCGCCCCAGGCCCCGCCCCCUGCCUUGUGCUGGUCAAUCACAGGUUUCGUGUGUUCAGACUGCUCCCCCCGCCCCGUGCGAGUUUUUUUUUUUGUUUUUUUUUCUUUUGCACAAGAUGCCCAACUUUCGAGACUUUGAGCCUUUAGUGUACAUUGAUCACAAGUCAACUUCCCUUUUGCUUGUUCUGUACACCUGCUUCCAUCCAACUUCUUUCCCCUUGCGCCUCAAGCCUAGGUCACAGUACCAUUUACAAUGAUCGCUCUUCCUAAUGUUUUGUCCUUCGUGUUCCCCUUAGGACAUAAUGGAACUCGAAAAGUCCGCUCCAGGCUCCUCCUUCUAACUUCUUAACUGUCAUACGUGUGUAAAAACAGGUUAACCACUGUUCAAAGGAAAACAAUCAAACAAUAAAACACGCCGUCGUAACUUCAAUAAGAUAUGUUUAACCGCUCUUCGUCGUAAAAUGUAAUAUCAAUAAAAUAAUAAGUGAUGAUGCUUGUCACAAAAAAACCCAAAGUAAAAUCAAAAUGCACGUAAAAUACUCUUUGAUGCAAAAAUUGCUGACAUUUUCAUUUUAUGCAACCAUUUUUUUCCCCAUAGAAUUAUGUAGUGUGACCUGGGCUUUAGCGGUCUCUACCUCUGCCCGUUCGAUGCCCCCCCCCCCCCCCCGCCCCCGCCCCCGCCCCACACACACACUCAAUAAUUAUUGAGCUAUUCCCGCCUGAUGAGUUUCACUUUUAUGGCUUUAUAUUCUCAGGGUAGAAGUAGCGUUAGACUGCCCCCUGCUGUGUGAAAUUGGACUUGAAUCACCUUUUUGGGGGGCUUCCAUGUGACCUAAAACGCAACAAUUUAUGCAAUGUGUAUCCUGGUGAAAAUGUAUGUGUUUUAGGGGUUUUGAACACAAGCCCUCAGGACUCUCUCAGUAGCGCCCCCUGGAUAGUUGAACAUUUUUUCAAUAAAUCAAUAACAUUCAGCCCCAGACACCCCAUUUAUCCAUUGACAUAAAAUUGGAGACACACACGGAAAAUGAAUGAAUGAAUGUCUAUGAUAACAGGACGUACAAACAUGUCUGAAGGACCUAUGUCUGAAAUUGAACAGGAAGUUAACCAUUUUGGUCCAAAUGAGUUGAAUUGAUCACCUUUUUAGGGGGCUCAACGUGCCUGAAAACUCACCCGUUUUUGCAAGCGUGUGCAUGCUGGUGAAAAUGUAUGUGUAUUAAAAGUAUUUUGGGGUCCUCUACACAACACCCAAUAAUUCAAUCGGUAGCGCCCCCUGGGAAACAAACAAACAAACAAAUAGAUAAAAAUACCCCUGUUAUCUGUUGCACAGAUUGACGUGUAAUUGGGAAGACAUGUCAAUCAUAACAGGACGGCGAAAAACUCUCAAGGACCCUAACCGAAAUUGAACACCGGGGCGGCCAUUUUGGUCUGAAGAAGCCAUCGAGCAAACUCUAGGGCUUGUAACUUGACAAACUCCUAGUAUGGAAUUUGUACAAACAAACCCCAAUCGAAAGCAGCAUUAUCCUAUAAUGCUAAAUAGGUGUCCUAUAAUGCUAAAUUGCAAAGAUUUUUGUAUUCACCCCCUGGUGUCAAGAGAUUGACGUUCCUGAACACAACACCCAAUAAGCUAAAAAAAACAACAACGUCAGACACCGGUUUCACCGAUUGAUGCGAAAUUAAAAAGCUCUCAAGGACCCAUGCCUGAAAUUGAACAACAAGGCGGCCAUUUCGGUUUAUUUUGGUGCAAAUUCGAAUAUUGAUGAGAAGGGCUUAGUCACGGUUACAAAAUGAAGAUUGUAUUUUGCUAACACAACAGCAGCAGCGGCAACGCGAGGGAGACAACAGGUGAAUUUUUAACUCAUGAAUGUUACAGGAUGUUUGUGGCAACGACGACGACGACGAUGAUGAUUUGAAAUGUUGCACCUCAAAUGGUCUGAAAUGAGCAGCGGGGCUUUUAACACAGUCCUUGAAAUAAAACUACUUCCGGUCUUGAA